AUGAAGCGUCCAGCCAGCAGAGGUUCUUCGCACCAGGUGCGGAUCGCUUGCCUGGGGGACUCCAAUACGGUGGGAGGAGGGCUGGGGAGGGAUGGCGCCUAUCCAGCACGGCUCCAGGCCAAGCUGGAUGGGCAAGCUGGCAUUGGAGCCUUCUUGGUGAAGUCCUUUGGAGUCAACGGGGCUGUCGCCGUCAACACGCCUGGGAAAAAAUGCUAUGUGAAAGAACGGCGCUAUGUCGAUGCCACUCACUUCCAUGCACACGUUCACGUGGUGAUGUUAGGUACGAAUGAUGCUGGGCACAUCCAUGGCGAGCCUGAAAGAGUGGGAGAGGCCAUUGCCGCCUUGGUGAAAGAUUUGCGAAGGGGAGGCAUCGCAGCAGCGAGCAAGUAUCCAAAGUUUGUGAUUGUCCAACCUCCUGGCGCCAAAGCGCGCCACCAAGAAAACUUGAAGACCCAUGUGUAUCCCUCACUGAGAAAGGUGGUGCGAUCGAUCAAAGAUGCUACUCUCGUGGAUUUGGAGUUGAAACCAAUGGCCUACGCGACAGACCAAGUGCACCUUUCUGAGCAGGGUGCGGAACAGGUUGCCGCAGCCGUUGCAGCCGCGAUUCUUUAG